ACUCUAGCUUUAGAAUUUCUAUUAGUCUAUGAAUAUGUUUGAGUUUGUUGACAGUUAUUUUAUUUGAAAUUAAUUUCAGUUUUUAGUUUUACUUUAAAGUUUUUCAGGUAAUAUGGAGAAAAGCUUCGACUUUGGAAGGCUGCUGAAGAAUCAUGAGAAGAAACACAAGAGUAAACCAUCACAGUUCGGCAGUGUAGCUGGUGGGGUCCAGAAACGGCUGGAAAACAAUUUAAAGUAUAGAAAGAGUUGCCGUCUUACAGUGUUUGAUAACUUGAGGAAUUUGUCCAAAUGUGAGAGUCCAGCUCCAGUAUCCAAUGUCCAAUCUAAAGUGGAACACAGGAGGCAGCAGCUGGAGAAAUGGAAGGAGGAAAAGGAGAAAAAGAAAAAGGAAGCUGCUUCACAGAAGAAGAAACCGUUUGUGGCCGGAGUGCCACAUGCACCACUUAAGUUUGUGCCACCACCGCCUCCUCCAAAACCAAUGCCUAGUACAUCUGGCAGAGUGACACGGUCACAGUCAGCCCGGAAUAGUGUUAAAGCAAAAGAAAACAAGGAGCUUAAGUCUGCAUCACAAUCAUUUGCACCAAAAAAUGCAGCAUUUAAACCUCCAGAAAUAAAAACUUUGACAAAGUUACCAAAAUUAUUUGCUCCCACAUCUAAAAAAGACAAGAAACAUAAUAUAACAUUUGACCCUGUGCUGCCACCUAACACCCAAAAGGAGUCUACAAAACAGACACGAUCUAAAACUCUGAAACAGACUGUAGAAGUGAAAGCUGUGCGAAAGCAAGCUGAGCGAGCAACCAAGGGGAAAAUGGGUAAACAGCUUGCUAAAACAAAUAAGGCGAUAGUAGCUGUUCAACAACAGAGCACUUCAUCAUCAAAUGAAUCAGAUUCAAAACAGGAAUAUUCUCCGAUCUUGAUGAAUAAAGUUACCAGGAAAUCUUUACCAGCACCAAGUUCACCUCAAGUUGUUACCAAACCUUCUCGGAAGUCUACACCAACACACACAACACCAAAUAAACCAGUGCCAAGGAGUGAGUCUAGCUCUGAAGAACGGCUGCGAUCUCCUAAGUCUUUGGAUAGCAUUCAAAUGACUCCUGAGCAGAUUGCAGAAGAGGCCAAGAACAUCAGUCCUUGUGUCACCAUGUCUCGGGGUAAGGACAAUGCAAGGAAGGAGAUGAAAAAGAAACUAGAUGAAGGGCUUCUGGACGAAGAUGCCAGCCACAUGGAGAGUGUGGACCACUUCCGGCGUCAGCUGGCCUCCGAAAUUAAGCGUAUGACUGAGAUGUGCGAUACUUGGGACAAGAUUUCAGAGCAGACUGUGUUACCAGAGUCUGUUCAGGAGGCAGUACUGUCGGCAGUGGGGCAGGCGCGGCUGUUGAUGUCGCAGAAGCUGCAGCAGUUCGCGUCGCUGGUGGAGCGCUGCGCUCGCCCCGAGCCCGGCACCGCGCUCAUUACUCCCGCAGACUUGCAUGGCUUCUGGGACAUGGUGUUCAUGCAGGUUGAGAAUGUUGACAUGAGGUUCAAGAAACUGGAAGAGUUGCGCCGCUGCGGCUGGGUCGAGGAUCAACCUGUUGAGGUCAAGAAGAAGGUGGUUAGACCUAAUGCAGUAGUGAAGAAAGCAGUAAAGCCAACUGGUGGCCCCAGCAGAUUGAGGGAGAUGAUUGCCGCUGCAAGAAAAGCCAAGAAGGAGCAAGAGGAGGUUGUCCCUUGCACGUUGCAGCCGCCUGCAGAGGACAGCAAGACAUUCGAGGCAGGCUUCUUUAGCGUGCGGUCACCGGUUCGAUCCCCGGCUCGGUCCUCCCACUCGCCCGCACCGCGCACUCCCGCCAGUAAGAACAGCUUGCUCAAAGCUGUGCUCUCUAGUGAAGCUAAGAAGGCUUCAGCUAGCAAGAACUCCGCCUCUUUUGCGAUGUUGCGCGCGUCAGUAUUUGGCAAGAAUGUAGAGUGUGAAGGGAUAGCAUUACUGCCGCAAACACCCACACCUCUAACUCCUAUCAAUCUGUACGCGACUCCCGGACGCAGUAUACUCAAAGGCGCUAAUACCAACACAAACAACAAAUCCACUAGAAAGUCUAUCAAGAUGGUGUUGUUCAACCGCUCCGACACCGACAUACAGGACGUGUCCUAUCGCACUGCAGGCAGCGAAACACAUGAAGAAAAAUCCGACGAAAUACAAAAGGAUAGAGAUAUUUCUUCUAUAGACUUUGAGAAGAUUGAGAAUAAGGAAAAUUCUAGAAGAAAGUCCAAGCUUGUGAGGCAGGAUGCUGAAGACAGGAGUCCUGUAGUGACGAGGAGUCGACGCAAGAGUAUGAACACUACUGUGGAUGAGAAUGUCCUUACUCCGCGGAGGUCAUCACGCAAGAAGGUACUCCACGAGUCUGAGGAUAAUAUGGUCGAGGAGAAACCAAAGCGUUCGGCCCGAAGACGUAAGAGUGGGGUCCAAGUGCAGAACUGAGGUUAGUGGAUGGGAUAGCAGGACCUUUAUUGCCAUUUUAUUGUAGCCGUAAAGCUAUAAUAAGUAUGUUAAUUAUUGACUUUAAUGCGUUUAAAGCUUUAUUCACUAAGGGUUGCGUGAACAUGCGUUCAUGACGUCUACAUUUUUUUCUCUGAUUCCCAACAUAUUAUUAUGACAUAUCAUUUAUUUAAACUAAAAUUUUAACUUCUAAUUAUCAGCAUUGAUAUGAACUUAAAAGCUUGCUGUACAUCAAAGUAGUGUUUACUUGAGUGUGAGAAUCCGCUACUAAAUAACGCCAUAGGAUUUUUAUUGUAAAAGUAACUAGAACAAUUAGUAAAUGAACACCAGUUGAUUAGCAUAUUGUUAUAAGCAGGGUGAAGAGCUCAUACAGAGGCCAAAAUCUAUAUUUUUUAAUAUUUGUAUUUUAACUUAUCAUAGAGGUUUCAAAGAUAACAAGAACCUUUCUUAUAGUUUUAAAAGUUCAUGAAAUCCCAAGAUUUCACAUAACUUGCGUUGUAAUUAAAGCUUGUAUCUUAUUUUAGUGGAAAUAUUGAAAUGAUCAUGUUUAGUUAUGGUACAUUAUGUUUGAUAUUUUUUGAGAAUGUUAGUAUGAACGAUAAAUAAUGUGAUUUUAAUUAAUCUGAUCCAGUUUGUGUAGAUUUAAUUAUUUGUUUUUAUUUUUAUUAGUGAGGUAGUCUCUGAGAAAGUGCCUUUUGAAACAGUUGAUCAUUGCCUGGUCUGAGAACAGCUUACAGCAUAUAAUUUUAAUGGACAUGAUUCAUAGUACCAAUAUGUACCUGAUUGACAUUACCCAUACGCAAGGUCUAAAAAACUAAAUUAUGGUUAAAACUUUUUCAAAAUAUUUAAUAAUGCAGCAUUUAUCUUUUGGACUUGAAUCUUUGUAAAAUUUGUAAGUGCUUGUUGGGAGUUGAUGAACAGGUACCGAUUUGCUGUGAAGUAUAUUAUUAUAAAACCAAACUCCGUAAUGGGGACCUCUUUUCUUCUUAAAUUCGAAGUAUUAUGUUCAAUAAAUAAGUAAGAGGCUGCCUCGGUUCGUGUUAAGUUAGUUAAUGUCGACUAUGUGUGUGAUGUGUGG